ACAACUAAAUGCAAUAUGUGCUUCCGCAUUCAGAAAUUCCCACGUGCUUAGUGUGUUGUUCGUGCUUAUGACAUGGACUAAAACAAAGACGAACAGCUGUACUUAUAUGCCGAAUGAGACAAAUCUGUGUUGGAACAGAAAGAUGAGUCCUUUGUGUAACUGCUGCGGCGAAUACGUCAACAAAUUGAGCCAGCAGGUUUCAGUAAUGCGAAAAGAAAUCAAGAACUUGAGGCAGACGCUGGACAGUGCCGUCAGGGCUCAUCGCAAACAUCUGGCAUCUGUUCAGACUGCCGUGUCCAAAAUCGGCUCCCCUGAAUUAAAAAAGGAAGCUACACGACCACCACCCCCAUCACAGGCUGGAUUAGAGCAAGGAAACAUCCAGACGGUGCCGAUCGGCUACAUAGAGUCCUGUUUUUCUACAAAGAAUGGGACCCCUAGACAGCCCACGGUGUGUGGCCCAUCACGGGCUCGGCUGCGACUCCGCCAGAGCGUCUUCAACAACCCUGAGCACGCUCUUGAGGGCCUGGAGCAGUUCUCCCAUGUCUGGAUAAUAUUCCUGUUUCACAAAAACGGGCACCUGAGCUACAAAGCCAAAGUGAAGCCUCCUCGACUGGACGGUCAGAGAGUCGGGGUGUACUCCACACGCAGUCCACACCGGCCUAAUGCCUUGGGCCUAACGCUUGCAAAGCUGGACAAAAUUGAGACUGACACAAUCCAUCUCUCCGACAUUGAUAUAAUUGCUGGAACGCCUGUCCUGGACAUCAAACCCUACAUUCCUCAGUACGACUCCCCCGGCACCCGAAUGACUCAGGACUGCCUGCAGCGGGAAGCAAACACAGAGCAGCUGAAGGCGUCUACCGCGCCACUGAAUAAGGAGACAAGUGUCUCAAACUGCGAAAACACCGACGCUUAUACUCAGUUGAAUACAAAAAUGGAGGAGGAUUUGGGGAAUCCUGUCUCAAAAGAUGGACCUCAAACCAAUAAUAACGAGCAGCUUCUUCUACCAAAGGAGGUCAGCGAUUUACUGGAGGAGGUUGGGACCUUUGUUGCCCAAGCGGACACAUCCCAACAUGGUUGUGAAAGUAAGUUCCAAGUUUCAGAUUCUGCAAAACCUAACGCAUCAAAAAUCACUGAGGAUCACCCCUGCUAUGGAGAAGAGGCUUACACAGCUAUUGCAGGCUGGAUCAGAGAUCCCCCCAUUACCAGUUUGGACGUGCGCUUCACUCCUCAUGCUGAAAAACAGCUGGCAGAAUUCCUUUCCACACCCCUGUUAGGACCCUCUGAAAGUGACAGACCCUGCUUUAAGUUUCUGGGCAGUCCAGAGGAGGCUGCUGCUGCCAUAAAGAGCGUGCUGUCAGCAGACCCCAGGUCGGUGUACAGGAGGACCUACUGCAGAGACAGGCUCUUCUUCUUCACCAUCGACUCGGCUGAUGUCACCUGCUGGUUUGGGCAAGAUUUUGCAGAAGUACUGCAGGUUCGACCUGUUUAGCGCCACGAGGCUUUGUGACAGGAAAGUGUCACAUAGAAAUCCUGUCAAAUCUUAUCUAAAAGUUUUUGUGCAAUAUACGUGUAGACCUUUACAUUAAAAUGAUCAAUAAAU